AAUCACAGCCUUGCUCUCUUGCUAUCAACUUUGCCUCUUCAAAACAGUUAGCGCUUCUGCUCAAUAUGGUUUACUCAACUCUUGGUGGGCUCACUGCUGACCCCAAGUGGAGCCUGAGUAAAUAGCAAGCAAAAAGAGGAUAUUUGUGCUCUGAUGAUGGGCAGCACCAGCAGCCCUAUGUCUGUGGGUUUAGGCUCCACCACCGCCUCACUGGACACAGGCCAGCUGGGUGUGCUGACAGCGUCCAUCAGCCUUAAUCAGAGCCAUAACCGGAGCCAGACAGACCCCAGGGUGACCAUCAAGGAGAAGAACUGGCCGGCCCUGCUAAUCUUGGUCAUCAUCCUCCUUACCAUCGGCGGAAACAUCCUGGUCAUCCUAGCUGUGUCUCUGGAGAAGAAGCUACAGAAUGCCACAAACUUCUUCCUGCGCUCACUGGCCGUGGCUGACAUACUGGUGGGCAUUCUGGUCAUGCCCAUCUCGCUCAUCAAUGUACUGUACGAUUAUGCCUGGCCUCUACCCCACGCAUUGUGCCCCAUAUGGAUCUACCUGGAUGUGCUCUUCUCCACCGCCUCCAUCAUGCACCUGUGCGCCAUCUCGCUGGACCGCUACGUUGCCAUCCGCAACCCCAUCGAGCACAGCCGCUUCAACUCCCGCACCAAAGCCAUGAUGAAGAUCGCCGCUGUCUGGACCAUUUCUAUAGUGAUCUCCAUGCCCAUCCCUGUGAUCGGGCUGCUGAAUGAAGAGAAGGUGUUUGUGAACGGGAGUUGCGUGCUGAACGAGGAGCGCUUCAUGCUGGUGGGCUCCUUCGUGGCCUUCUUCAUCCCACUGAUCAUCAUGGUGGUGACGUACUGCCUCACGGUGCAGGCCCUGCAGAGGCAGGCCUCGGACCUCCUGUACGAGAGCAAGAACACCAUCUCCCAGCAGCCCCCGCAGCCGCCCCCCCCGCCCCAGACUCUGCCCAGACGCAACAGCCUCAGCUGCCUGAGGCUGGAGCCGUCACUCUCCACCACGCCCGCCAACAGCAUCUCCGUCAUACCCGGCUCCGAGACCCCCUCCCAGUUCAGCUCUCCCGGGGUGCGGGACGUGGGGGGCCACGGACGGAGGGGCAUGAUGCAGGCCAUAAAGAACGAGAGGCGGGCCUCCAAGGUCCUGGGCGUGGUGUUCUUCCUCUUCCUGGUGAUGUGGUGUCCGUUCUUCAUCACCAACGUCAUGUACGUGCUGUGCCGGGGAGCUUGCGACGAGUCCCUGCUCGGGGAGCUCCUCAACGUCUUCGUGUGGGUGGGUUACAUCUCCUCGGGGGUCAACCCGCUGGUCUACACGCUCUUCAACAAGACCUACCGCCGUGCUUUCUCCAACUACAUGCGCUGCCACUACCCGGGGGCGGGGCUGAGACCCCACGCCGCCCACACCCCCUGCCCGUCGUACACGGUCACCCCUACCCUCCUGUGUGGAAAGGAGAGCGUUGACCGCAACAGCAACUGCCACAACGGGGGAGGGAGUCCGGUGGAGGGACCGGAGGGGGGUGACACGGACGACAGGCUGGAGCUCAGGCCGGAGAUGGCCAAGCUUUCCGUCAACAGCUGCCUCGCCCCCAGGGAACACACCAGCUGCAUGUGAUGUGACCUCCACCCUGUCUGCUGCCACUCUCUCAGCCAACGGUGCUGUGGUGAAGAGUGGGCAGGACAUGGCACACCUCACUGUGCGUGUGUGUGUGUGUGUGUGCAUGUGCAUUUUUGCGUGGACGGUAGGGGACAGACAAGGAGAGGUGAGCGUGACUCACUGGAAAUCCCUUCAUUGGGGUUUGAUAGCAAUCAACACACACAAGGAAAUGGACUAAAUGGUUCUGCCGGUUACCAGGACGCAUUGCUUUACAUCACGUUUAAAGGGAAAUGUACAUAUUCUCUGACAAAUUGCAAUACAAUACAGUUUUUGGACUAGCUUGGCAGCUGUGCACAAGAGAAGAUUGUUUAGAAAUGCAUAUCUACGGGACGGAAACAUGGAGUCACAUCACCCCCAUGUGGUGGUAGGGAUGAUUUGCUCUCGUCUGGAUAACAAGGCUGGUACAAAUAUGGUGUUGUUUCAGAAAAGAGGCAUUAAAUUAAUUUUGCAGACAGCUGUUACAUAUGUCAAUGUGUUUAGGGCAUUGAACGGCAUUGUAAUUGCUGAUCAGCCAUUAUAAAUACCUACUCCCUAACCCUGGGUGGAAGAUUCCACCAGUUACCCUGGCACUAUUCGAUAAUUAGCUGCAUGCUCCAAUGACAGUUCAUUCGUAGAUUUUACCACAGUAACACAAUUCAGACACAACAACAGAGAUUAUCGAGAAAUGUAGAACAUCAGAUUGAGUAAAUGGCAGAUGUUUGUGUGAAAUCCAAAAACGAAAAUUGUCCACCCCUGCUCAAAUCCACAACCCCAGUAUUUACCAUUCCCUGGGAUGUAGCACCAGAAACAUCAGUUGUUGUCUAAGGUGUUCAUCUCUAUCUUAAACAUGCAUAUAUUGAGCUCUAUGCAAACAUAGAAAGGUGCAUCUUGUGUUGCAUUGGCAAAUAUAAAUAGGUGCUGAAAGUAGUGGGUUUCUGACCUGGGUCAAACGUUUUUGGGAUUCAAAUACUCUUCUAUACUAUGGAGCUUGUCUGGUGUAUUCAAACUGGUGAAAUACUCUCAAAAAGUGCAAACCCCACCUUCUAGUCCUUUUGGUUAGCUCAAUUGCACCUGGCAAGAUCAAUAAAGCACAGAAAAGUAUUUGAAUGCAAAACAAUUACGUAUUUGAGCCAAGUCAAAUAUAUUCCAAAGGGAUUGUGGUUCUGCAUCUGACUGAUUCCCUGUUUUUGUAAUUGGUUUGUCAUCUCAGACAUGUGAUAACAGCAAACAUUAUGUUAUAUUUGCCAUUUGUCCUUCACUCCAGGGGAAAAAAACAAAUGUUCACCCCAUAGUCCAUCAUCUGGUGUAGGCUAUAUUUUAAGACAGCUUUAACCCUCCUAAUGUGUUAGUAAGCUGCACGCACCUUUUGUGUUAGUGGGUCAAAUUUGACCCAUGUUUUAAAUCGGCCCAAAACACAAAAUAAAUCAUCAUCCAAUAUUGUUUUUUAACUUAUUAUCCAUUCAUAACCAUACAAUCACUUUUUUAUUUUUGUAUGGUUCCCAACCCAUUUACCUUAGAAACUCCAUUUCAGGAAAGAUGUCUAAAUUCACUCAUUAUAUUUCCUAUAGUGAAAUCAAGGGGCAAUUAUGUUAGCUGACUAUUAAGGACUAAUAUUAGAACAUACUUUCCUAGAAUAAAGAGGAAUGUGUGUGUAUGUGUGUGUGUGUGUGUGUGUGUGUGUGUGUGUGUUUGUGUGUGUGUGUGUGUGUGUGUGUGUGUGUGUGCGUGCGCGUGUGUUUGCAUGUGUUUGCGUGUGUCAGUGUCCAUAUUCUGCAAUAAAAAUGUAGUUCCCAAUUUGGAGUACAAGUACAUACUGCAAGAAAAUAAUUGUUCCUGGGGAGGAAGGGGAGGGGGCAGGGUGUCUAGACCCAAAGAUGAAUCUUGUUUGAGUCCCCACAACUACCCACAACUUUUCAAUGUUGCAUGCCAUACUAUCAACAGCCAACAUUCUCUGCCCGUAACACCACAGAACAUUUCUUUAGAGACCUUCAGAAUUGAAUAAAAUGGUGACCAUUGGUUUUUUUGUGUUUAUAUUGCUGUUUUUGAGGAUAUCAUGAAGGCUUGUUCCAAUACAAUAAACUGGAUGGUAUUUAUAACACAUCUUAACUUGUAAACUGGUCAGAUUUGACCCUAACACAAUACAUGGGUUGAGGUCAGUGCUGUCUAAGAGAUAAUAUGGCAAAAUGAAAUGCUGAGGGGGAGAGGACCGUUUUGUGUGUCUCUGGUUUAGGUCUAUACAUCCAUCUGAAAAGUAGACAGAAACAUGUGCUCAUUCAAACUGUGAAGAUGGUCUGGAAAGGCCUGAUUGUGUUUUUGUGAUUACCUAAAGAGCAAAGAACUAAUCUGUUGCUAGAUAUGAGCUGUACUGUAAAUGUUAAGCCGAUUUUUCACUGUGUAUUUGGUGAAAGUAAAUAUCAUUCUGUCUUGAAAUGAUAUUUUCCCAAACUAUUUUUUUACCAUUGCACAUGUAUGUUUCUGUCAAUUUAUGUAAUGUUUCAGUCUUUCACCGUCUUUUCAGUUUCUUUUCUGUGAUGGUGCUUUUUAUUUAUUAAAAUGGUCUUUGUUACAA